AUGACUGUUCCGACCUUUGCCCUUUGGCAUGGUUUAAAGGCUGUCCACUUUCCUCACCCAAUCUAUCUCGACGGAAAAUGGACAGCUAAGGAACUCGGACGGAUUUUAAACCCUGGCCCACCUGACAGAAUCAAUGGCGAUAUGGCAAGUAUUUGGAACUUCAAUCACAUGUGGGACCAUAUUCUUUACAGAUUCAGUUAUAUGUUCACAGCGCAAACCGCCGAAGACUUUUAUCGAAGAUGGUUGGGUUACAAAAUCGAUCCGAACCAAUAUACGGAUGGCACAAUUCAUCAGGAUCCGCAGGGUCGUAAUUGGUUUGAUGGCGGCCACCUUCUCGUCGGUUUACGUCUAAUCAAGCUAACACCACGGGCUUCUUCUAGAGGGAAGACCUUUAUGGCCCUUUAUGUCUACCCCCCUAUGCUUCUCCAUCCGAUCAAAAACACCGACCUGAAAAAGGGCCCUGGCAUGGCAGUUCCGGUCUGA